GAGGCACGGCACCGGCACGGACCUCGUCCCUCCCGGAUAUUAAGAACUUCUUCACCUCCGGAAACGAGAUACUCAUCUCCUAAAAAUUCCCAUGCGCAUAUUUUCUUCUCCGAAAUAGCUUCCUCGUUGGUCGACCAUCCGACAACGUUUUCAACCAUAUAUUGGGUGCCUGACCAGCAUAAUUUCAGUGUAAAAGAAUGCACAUGCACUCUUUACUGGCAGAGGAAAUGAUUUGCUAAGUAGGAGUGUUACUGUGAUGUAAUUUUUGUCAUUUGUAGCAGUGGCUUUCCUUGUUAUGUCAAAAGCUUCAAAGGGGAUGGUCGCUAGAGCUGAAUACCAUGCAGGACCUGAUUACUUUGGUUUCUAUGCACAACAAGUAAUGGAGCUUUUAUCGUCUGAUGAUGAUUUUCUCCCUUCUGCUUCCCAAACAUCCAACUCUUUUGGAAGAAAAUGUGAGGAGGUCAUAGGGAAUGGAUCAGUUGAGCCUAUGAAGAAUACUUCUGGUUCUUUAUUUAGCAACAGCAUCGGAGCUGGACUUUCAGAUUUCAAAAAAGAAAGAUUGAAGGCAUUGCUGCAGCAGGGCACGAUUGUUCUUUCACCUGAAUUUGAUGAGAUGCUGGAUCCUAUUCUAGCUCUCAGUCGGUUACAGUCCCAAGUAAGAAAGAGAAAUCGUCCAUCUAGUCCCACAAAUGCAGCAUACAGUGGUGAUGCAGGGCAGGUUCUGCACAAGAAACUCAAGACUGCAGAAAUCUCCAAGGAGCAAACUUCUAUGGAGGAGCCAAAGACUGCAGAAACUCCCAAGGAAAGAAUGGAGGAGCCAAAGGUGGAUGAUGCUGUGCUGUUCUUUCUAGAGAAUGAUAGCUUGGAGUUUGAGGAAAUGGUGAAGAAACACUCUGAUGAACUAUCUGCAACGUUAGGGUACAUGGAGAAGCAGCUUGAGGAGCUUCUUGACUCCGUGAGGUCCACAUACAGGCCUAUGACUCUCAUUGAGAAGCAACAGCUUCGUAAACUGAUCCAGAAGCUACCACCAAAAAAUCUUGAAUGGGUAAUGCAAAUCGUCCAACAUGGCAAGAUGGCAAAAACACAAUCAUGUGAUGAAAUUUUUGUCGAUCUCGAGAAAGAGGAUAAUAAAACGCUUUGGAGACUGUACUCCUAUGUUAAAUCAGUUGAAAGAGCUACAGCCCUCCCAUUGUAGCUCAAUCUAUUCAAUUGGUUUCAUAAUCUCUGAAGCCUGACAUGUGAUUUUUGUUUUUUUGUUUUUUUUAAAUUCAUAAAAACACAUUGUAGCUCAAUGUUGUCGAAGCAGUGUAAUACCUUCAUCGAAUGUAAUUAUGUAAGGGACCUAAGCAUACAAAUCAAGGCCACAAUCUUUUUGUUAAAUCAUUGUCUAGAGAGGAUCGGAUUUUCUUCAUGCCAUGAAGCUGCUGUAAAGGCGUCAUCAGUCAAAUGGCUCAUCAGAAUCAUUUCGAGAGAUUUUCUGAAGUUUGCUAUCAAGUCUACACCGACUCUAGAAUUUAUGCAACACAAAAUUGCAUAAUUUGUGCACUAGGAGUGGCAAAGUACAUUCUUUUGGAAGUUCUUCCAUAAUCCUCCAAUAUAAGUGAACUUCUGAUGAUAUUUUGAUGUAUUUGGGCAAAGCACAAUAUAGAUCCAAAUUUUAUGUACAUCUUUUGUCAUGUCUCCAAUAUGUAAAACUUGGGCCCCGUUCGAAAGUU